GAGCUUUCGCUGGACCACGACUCUCCAGCAGCUCGACAAAAUGCAACCAUACUCAUGCUUGCCAGAAACAGCGACCUCAAGGAAGCCAUUGAGUCUUUGACAUCCUUCGAGUCGCAAUUCAAUCACCGAUACCAUUAUCCGGUCGUGUUUCUCAAUGACGAACCCUGGACUGAGGAGUUUAUGCAAGGGGUAUCGAGUAUCACUAACACACGCUCAGGNAAAUUCUACGACCAUCCUGCAAUGCAAGCAUACAAAUGGUAUUGGCGCAUCGAACCUGGCAUCUCUUUCGCCUGCCCCAUGACCUUCGAUCCGUUUGCAUACAUGUCGCGCGAAAACAAACGCUACGCCUACGCGAUUGCACUGCAAGAAGUUGGGUCCACAGUCCGCAGCCUUUACAGAGUGGUCAGUGACUACAAAGACCGCCUCAACAUGACACCUUCACGAUACUGGAAGGCCCUGAUAAAUCCCUCAUGGGCACCCCUACCCAUCCGCUGGUUAUUGCGUCUAGCGCCCUACCGUGAUAUCAACGGCGACGAGUGGAACCUCUGCCAUUUCUGGAACAAUUUUGAGAUUGCCGAUCUGGACUUCUUCCGCAGAGAGGACUAUAGAAAACUGAUGGAGCAUCUGGACAAACUCGGUGGCUUCUAUUCCGAACGCUGGGGUGAUGCUUCCGUACGAUCUUUUGCGGCGACUCUGCUAUUGAAGUCAGAAGAGAUACACUGCUUUGGCGAUAAUAUCUGUUAUUGUCAUGGCGACUUUUGCUCGCCGGGGAUCAACUUGCUGGAUGGAAACACCAGCUGUCCUGUGAAGCAGCCAGUGGAGGAGAAAGACAAGAAGGGCAUGUUCAAUCAGAUGUGUCAUGACAGAUUUAGGCAAGCCAAUGUGCUAUGA